CCUAAAAUCUCAAUCUCAUCCCCCUCGCAUAUUCCACGUUUUUCAAUAAUUCAACAACCAAAAACCCACUUUCAGAUCCGAAUCCGAAUCCCAGUCGGGUCAAUCGGAAAAAAUGGGCGUAACACCGAAAAUCGCACCGUCGAUGCUAUCCUCCGAUUUCUCGAAUUUAGCAUCAGAAGCCGAACGCAUGCUUAACUGUGGCGCCGAUUGGCUUCACAUGGAUAUCAUGGAUGGGUACGUUUAAAGAAAAAUUCCGGCACUUUGUUCCGAAUCUAACUAUUGGUGCACCGGUGAUUGAGAGUUUGAGAAAACACACAAAGGCGUAUUUAGAUUGUCACCUCAUGGUUACUAAUCCUAUUGAUUAUGUUGAGCCUUUUGGCAAAGCUGGUGCUUCUGGAUUUACUUUUCAUAUUGAAGUAUCUAAAGACAAUUGGCAAGACUUAAUUCAGAGAAUUAAGUCAAAGGGCAUGAGGCCAGGUGUAUCACUAAAGCCUGGAACUCCUGUUGAAGAAGUUUAUCCUUUGAUUGAAUGUGAAAAUCCUGUGGAAAUGGUCCUUGUGAUGACUGUAGAACCUGGGUUUGGUGGUCAGAAGUUCAUGCCAACUAUGAUGGAGAAGGUUAAGACAUUGAGGAACAGAUAUCCGUCACUUGAUAUAGAGGUAGAUGGUGGUUUAGGACCUUCAACCAUUGAAAUGGCUGCUUCAGCUGGUGCAAACUGCAUUGUAGCUGGAAGUUCAGUGUUUGGAGCUCCCGAGCCCGCCCAUGUUAUAUCACUCAUGAGAAAGAGCGUUCAGGAAGCUCAGCAAAACAAUUGACAUUCUUCCAGGCAAGAUUCACUGCUGCUUAUCUGAAAUAUAUGCGUAAAGGUUGUACAUUGUUUGUUGUAUCUGUUGAUGGAAUUUAUAAAUGCUUCGAUUUUGUUUGUUUCAUCUCUAUAAUCUACUCAUCUCCAUGUCAUUUGCGAAUCUCAUGCAGUCAUUUCCAAUAAUACUUGGAGACUUUUGUGAACGUCUGAAAUAAAACAAGGCAUGUAAAAGAAUUGGAUUGCGAUUUUACAAUAAUAUUAUCUCUUUGCUUGCUUGCA